AACAUUUUAUAUGUGUCUUUUGCCUUACUUCACGCCCUAACGAAUGCGGAAAUGACCAACUUCUGUAUUUUAUUUUUCAUCUGCAUUUUUGUAGCGAAUAAAGCGGUGGCUGACUGGAAUUACUUAGAACAGAGGAAAUGGCCUGCCAAAGAUUGUUUAGAUGGAAGAAAGCAAUCUCCCAUUAACAUCCACAUAAAGAACGCCACACUCGCAAAAACUGCUCCUUUACAGUUUAACAAUAAAAUUAGUGAAAAAUUAAAAGCCAACAUUAGAAACGAGGAUUACACAGUGGCUAUAUAUUUGGAGGACAUGUCAACCAAAGCAGUAAUUUCAAAAGGUGGUUUAAACGGAAGUUUUGCCUUUUUGCGAUUUGAUUUUCGAUGGCCAUCUCAGCACAGAAUAAACAAUAAAAGAUUUCCGCUAGAAAUUACUUUGGUUUUCUAUGCAACGAAAUAUGGAAAGCCUGAAAAUGCAAUUCCUCACAAGGAUGGAUUUGUUGCACUUUGUGCAUUUUUUGAAAUUUCUGAAAAGUCUAAUCCUAUUUUUGAUAAUUUAAUUCGCAGUAUUCCAGAAAUCUCUCAUAAAAUGAACGAAGGCCCUGUUCCUCUGCAAGAAGAAAUAGUCAUUAGCGACUUUAUUCCGAAAAAAUAUAUAAGAUAUUUUCGCUAUUUUGGGUCGUAUAUGAGGCCAAAGUGCGACGAAAUCGUAACUUAUGUAAUCUUUCAAGGACCGUCCUAUAUAUCACUUUCACAGUACUACGCUUUAAUAGACAUCAACGAUAAGGCGGGUCAACUUGUUCGUUUUAACAACAGAAAUAUACAAUAUCAAAAUGGGAGAAAAGUUUUAAAAAGUGCCUAGACCUGCGUAUAAUAAAUAUUAUUAACAAUAUAGAACGGUAGCACUGUAUGAUGUGUAAUAUCUUUAAGUUUUCACUUUGUGGGAAUAAACGAAAAUGAAACUCG